UUUCUUUUUUUUUUCUUUACACGUUUCUCGGAGAAAAACCGCGAGGUGUGCGAUUACGCUUCAAGUGGCGCGGUAUCAGAAACUACCAGAUAAAAGAAGACAAAGCACGUCGACGAGAUGAGGAAUCACUACGACGAGGACCCGGACGAGAAUUCGGAGGAUGAAAAUAUUGUCGUCGACCAGAUGAACACGUCGCGUAGCUCGCGCGCCGAUAUCGAUUCGCAGCCGUCGACCUCGCGUGGCAUUACGCACCGGCAACAACCUCAACAAUCUCAGCAACAACAGCAACAGCCUCAACAGUCUCAACAAUCUCAACAACCUCAACAGUCUCAACAGUCUCAACAGCCACAACAGCAGCAACAGCAACUGCCAAUUCCCCCCAUGGAUCCUAACGUCAGGAGAUACAGAACCGCUUUUACGAGAGAUCAACUGAAUCGGUUAGAGAGAGAAUUUGCCCGUGAAAAUUAUGUCUCUCGACCGAGAAGAUGCGAGUUGGCUGCGCAACUUAAUUUGCCGGAGUCUACAAUUAAGGUGUGGUUUCAAAACCGACGCAUGAAGGACAAGAGGCAGCGGAUGUCUCUGGCCUGGCCCUUUCACGUAGCGUAUGCGGACCCAAACAUAGCGGCGAUAUUCGCUCCGUUCUGUCAGCCCGUCUCCGCGGCGAAUCUACCGAAUAUAGCGAAUCUACCGGCAAAUCUACCGGCGAAUCUACCGGCGAAUAUAUCGGCGACGGCACAUUUGGCCCCCUCGCCGACGUCAUUCUCGGCCGCCACCGCGCACUAUUACGCCCGGUUGCAGGCGUAUCACCAGCAGACUGGUCCGGUCGCCUCGCUCCAUCGGCCGCACCCACGCACGAACCCGUAUCCGCCCCUGCUGUAUCCGCACCAGCCGAUGUCGUCCCUGCACAUGCUGAAUAUGCCCGUCUCCGGGUCCUCCACCUUCUCCACGAUGAGCAAUCUCCCGACGCCUCCUUAUAACUCUUUGCCGCCAUGCCGGCAGCCAUUGCUGGAGGAACUUGCAAUCAGCCCGGUCAACUCUGACUCCUCCGGCGAGUGCGAUUACGCCACGACGCGUCUACAGUCGCCUACGUAUCCGCACCACUCGCAUCACCGCGUAAACGUGCCCGUGACCGUGACGUCGCCCCUGAUGCCGCAGGCAAACAGACCCACGAUCAGCAGCAGCGAGCAGCCGCAGCCGCUGAGAGUGAACGGUAUGAGUGUACCGAUGACGGUAAUUCCCUUCGAGAACAAUACGAGCACCUCGUACAAUCCCGUGGCAAUUCCCUCGACAUCGGGGACGUCCUCGUCGCCGCCCUCGUCGUCACUGAACAAGCUUGAGCAGGAGCAGCAACAGUCGCAGCAAUCGCAAGCAUCGCAGGCACCGCAGCCCAAGUUGUUUCAGCCGUACAAGAACGACACGGAAGACAAAAGGGAUCGAAACGGUACGAUAUAA